GAAACCUUUUAAGAAAGUUUUGACGAUUUAUCCGUUGUCUUGACGAUUAAAUAAUAGCGUGGGGUAAACAGUUAUAAUAUUCUCAUUUUUCAAUCAAGUGUUUGUGAUUAUUAUUUUUGCCAACGCGGCAAGCCGAAAUAAAGUCCAUCUGUCCCAUGUCUUUUUACAGAAACAAAAAGCACAUGAACACGACGCACUCGUAAAUACAGUAGUAGAGUAGUGGUAAAUUUUAUUUUUCCCAGAGCAAUUGAAUGCAGCAUCCGGAAGUAAAAUCCGUUACACGUAAUGGCUAAUGGAAACAGCUAGCUUAGUCAUGAAAUCUGUUAUUGUUUUGACUUUAAAAACAGAUUUCAAUCAGUUUUAAGUAAAAGUUUUGACAGCAUGGCUUCGACGUCCGACGCCGGGGACGUGGAAGUCAGUCGAACCCGCCUUUGCGAUGAGUUUGCCGGCGUGACGGGCACCGAUAACGGCGUGGCACAGUGUUACUUGGCAGAGAAUGACUGGAACAUGGAAAGAGCUUUAAACUCAUUUUUCGAUGCUGACAUGGAGAAAGUAUUUGAAAAAGAGUGGACUGUAGAGCAAGAACCCGCGACUAAGAAACAAAAAGUGGAAGAAAAAUCUCCUGGAGCAUCAACUAUCGACCUAACUGGAGACAGUCCCGCCUCGUCACAAAAACCUCCCGAGGAUGAAGACGGCGGCUCGGGCCUGACGCUGAUCUCGUGGAACGUGGACGGCCUGGACAUGGAGAACCUGGCUGAGCGCGCCAGAGGCCUUUGCUCCUACUUAGUGCUGUACACUCCAGAUGUGGUGUUCUUGCAGGAGCUUGUUCCACCUUACGUGCAGUAUUUGAAGAAACGCGCCGUCAGCUAUUUGUUCAUUGAAGGCGGCGAAGACGGCUACUUCACCGGCAUGAUGCUAAAGAAGUCUCGCGUGAAGCUCGUGGAGAGCGAGAUCGUCACUUACCCGACCACGCAGAUGAUGCGGAACCUGCUUAUCGCAAACGUGACGCUGCGCGGCUCUAAGGUGCGCUUGAUGACGUCGCACUUGGAGAGCUGCAAAGGCCACUCGGGCGAACGUGUGACGCAGCUGCGUGAGGUAAUGCGACGCAUGCGGGAGGCGCCCGACGAUGUCAGCGUGGUGUUCGGCGGCGACACUAACCUGCGCGACGCCGAGGUGGCGGCCGUGGGGCUCCCGCCCGCCGUCUGCGACGUGUGGGAGUGUUUGGGGCGACGCGAGCACUGCCGCUACACGUGGGACACCCGCGCCAACACCAACAAGCGCGCCCCAUACACCAGCCGCUGUCGCUUCGACCGCGUGUACCUUCGGCCCGCGUCCGCUCCCCAAAUGCCCCGCCUGGCCCCCGAUCACAUGGCUCUGGUGGGCUUGGAGAAGUUGGACUGUGGACGCUUCACCAGCGACCACUGGGGGAUCUACUGCAGCUUCGCCCCCACCCGCGCAAACGACGAUGCGUCUUAACUGCGCCCUUUUUUCUUUGAUUCUAUUUUAUAAGGAAUAUGUAGUGUAUAAAUUCAACCACCAGGGGGUGACAAAUGUCAAAUUUAUUUUGUCUUCUCCAUUUAAAUGGAUGGAUUUUUAAAUCAAGUGUUGUAAAAUAAUUGCAAAAUUAAAACUUUAUUUUCACAAUAAAUAACCAUGUUUGGUGAGG